GGGUUGUUGACAGUCGUUGAUUAGAUUCUUCUGCCAGCGGUUUGGGCCAAGUUUUGGGGCAGCGUUUCCUGCAAAUACCACAAUUUAUCUGCUACCUUGCGGCGGGCAACGGUUCCCGCAACGAAAAAUCGGCCUUCUUAAUGAUUGAUUUCUGCUCGAUACCGCUCACUUUCAGGCAUCAGCGCAACGCGGACGGGCUGUCGGACGAGAUGCUUUCCAAGCUGCUGAACGAUGGAGCGGGUGGCAAACCGACGGCCGGGCAGCUGUUGGCCGUCGCCGCCGGUGUCGGUGUGGCGACAGCGCUCGGGUACGGCGUGUACCGGCUGCUGCGGUACCGGGCGGCACAGCAACCGCCGUCCGAGUGGCACCGCGUCGGCGAGGUGUCCGAUCUGUGGAUCUAUCCGAUCAAAUCGUGCGGCGCGGUCCGGGUGCGCCAGUUCCAGUGCUCGCCGAUCGGGCCGCAGGUCGGGUUUCUGCGCGACCGCAUCUUCAUGGUGGUGAAGAGCGCGGACGGCAAGUUCAUUACCGGCCGGUCCCAUCCGACGCUCGUGCUGGUGCAGCCGUCGUUCGAUGCGCAGUACGAGCGCAUGACCCUGUCGGCGCCGGGCAUGAUGGAUAUCGGUGUGGACGUGCGGAAGCUGCUGGAGAGCAGCGCCCCGGGCAGUGCGGAGGUGUGGGACCAGCCGGUCACCGCGGUGGACUGCGGUGAGGAGGUGGCCCGCUGGCUGUCCCGCUUCCUGCUGAGCGAGGACUUUGGCCUGCGGCUGGUGUACUAUCCGCUCGAUCGGCCGACCCGCCCGGUGCGGGAGAAGAACCGCAUCCACCGGCUGCUGACGGCGCGGGACUCGGGCGCGCUGCACGACGCCACCAGCUACAUGCUCGUGUCGGAGGGCUCGGUCGCGGACGUGAACGCCCGGCUGGACAAACCGGUGCCGGCGCUCCAGUUCCGCGCCAACAUACUGGUGAAGGGCCCGAGCGCGUUCGAGGAGGACGACUGGAGGUGGAUCCGGAUCGGGGACACGGUCUACCAGAACGUGAAACCGUGCACCAGGUAAGCAGCCGCUGGAUCAC